GUGCGUGUUGUUCGCCCUAAUUCUUCGGAUUGUUAAAACAUCCGUCGAAGUAAUAGCGCCACACAAGAUGUUGCGCGUUGAAAGCAACACUAGCAUCGUUGGAGGAUUCACGGAGUACGAAGAAGAAAUCCUGUUCGAUAGCGACGACCCAGAUUUCGAUCACACGGUCUCGCUGCACAACAUCGUGUUCAGAAGUGAGACGAGGUUCGACUUGUCAACAGGAGGCGCUGUGGUAUCCUCCGACAUGUCUCUUGCCGGCGUACACCACCCAGCCGAUCUUCAUUCUAGCCGCGGUUCGUUGAUUACGAUGAGUCACAGCCUGGACGACAUCACCAACUGGGGCUGCAGCCCACCCACGGCCUUCCACUCCGACCACGUGUUGACCAUCGAAGAGUUACGCGACCAAAUGAACUGCUGCUUCACCUGUGGCGUUUCGUGGGCGGACAGCCACGUGUCUUUGGAUUGUUCCGAAUGCGGGGGCUACGCCCUGGACAGACCAUGUCCGGAAUGUGACGGCGGCUGCGGCGGCGUGUGGAAACGAGACUUAUCGUCGUCUCACGCGAGCGGCAAAGCCAAAUGGAUCGGCGAAUGCCAGGGCCAUAAUCAGCAGCCGAAGCGGGACGCUUCCUUCUCCGUCGGUCAGGAUUUGACGCAACGUUUCGAGCGAUUAAGCGCCACCUCAUGACGCCACUUUACUCUCUAACCGCAAUUCCGCGUUAAUUUAAAUUAUACAAUUAGAUCUAAUUACAGGGAUAUUUAUUUUAAAGUUUAUACAUGUGAAGUUUUCUAAACAAAUCGAGAUCUUGGUAUCCUAAAAUUUCUCACAUUAAGCAGAGAAUGUUUAUAUUGUUUUACAUUAAAACCGAAGAUGUUCGAAUUGGUAAUUCGACGAUUACCAACCUUAGUUACGCAUUACAUAACUUUAGCGGACACCAUUGUCGACAUUCCAAAAUUUUUACUCAAAAUCUAAUUACUCCUUACGUCCUUAAAUGACGUUAUCCUUUAACAUAAGCAGUGUAUUUCAAAAUGUUUUUCUUGCUAUUAUAAUAAUAAUUAUUAUUGUGGACUGACAAAAGUGUAUUCUUAAGCCUUAAUAAACAAUCAUAGGAAAUUGUGCUAUUCGUU